GCUUCCUACUUCAGCACUCUCUGAUGAUAUUGAUUGACAUCGUGAUGAUGAAUCUGCAACGACAACUACAAGUGGUUCCUCCCUGAACCCAAGUCAAAUUUCUCUCCUUGACCAAUUGAACUUAACAACAACAGUUGUAAUUGUUGUCAAAAUGCCGUACAAUAUAGCCAUGGUCAGCGACUUCUUCUUUCCACAACCAGGAGGCGUCGAAAGUCAUAUCUACCAACUCUCCACGAAACUCAUCGACCGAGGACACAAAGUCAUAAUUAUUACACACGCAUAUGAGGAUAGAACAGGUGUCAGAUAUCUUACAAACGGUCUCAAAGUCUAUCAUGUCCCAUUCCUCGUUAUGUUUCGUUCCUGUACCUUUCCUACGGUCUUCUCAUUCUUCCCAAUCUUCCGCAAUAUCGUCCUACGAGAACAGAUUGAGAUCGUUCAUGGCCAUGCAAGCAUGAGUAGCAUGUGCCAUGAAGCCAUAUUACAUGCACGGACGAUGGGACUGCGGACUGUAUUUACAGAUCACUCAUUAUUUGGGUUCGCAGAUGCCGGCAAUAUAUUGAUCAACAAGCUUCUCAAAUUUACAUUGAGCGAUGUUGAUCAUGUAGUGUGUGUUAGUCACACAUGUAAAGAGAACACGGUUUUACGCGCUUCCCUUGAUCCUCUCAUGGUCUCUGUCAUUCCAAAUGCAGUCGUAGCGGAGAACUUUCGACCAUUAUCACACCCUUCAUAUCCCUCUGAUCCCCCAGGAAAACAUCCUCCACCAGCUCCAUAUCCACUUGGCCCUCACGAUGUGAUCACAAUUGUCGUGGUUUCUAGACUGUUUUAUAAUAAAGGGACCGAUCUAUUGAUUGCAGCAAUUCCCCGAAUUCUCGCCCACCAUCCCAAUGUACAUUUCAUAAUUGCAGGAUCCGGUCCAAAGGCCAUCGACCUUGAACAAAUGCUGGAGAAGAACGUGUUACAAGAUAAGGUUGAGAUGCUAGGGCCUGUCAGGCAUGAAGAGGUCAGGGAUGUUAUGGUCAGGGGGCACAUAUAUCUACACCCGAGUUUGACCGAAGCUUUUGGAACUGUGAUAGUCGAAGCUGCUAGCUGUGGGUUAUAUGUUGUAUGUACGCAGGUUGGAGGGAUUCCAGAGGUGCUUCCUUCACAUAUGACAGUUUUUGCCAAGCCAGACGAAGAUGAUCUAGUUGCUGCUACCGGCCGAGCAAUUGCGUCUUUGAGAGCUAACAAAGUUCGUACCGAAAAGUUUCACGAUCAAGUGAAGCUGAUGUAUUCAUGGACAGAUGUGGCAGAGAGAACAGAAAGGAUAUAUGAUGGGAUCUUCGGCGUUCUGAGUGAAGCGGAAUUCUAUGGAUAUGACGCAGCCGAUGCAGCUAGCUGGAGCGCCACGAGAGGAAGAGCUGGUGUACAAAGCUUCGCUUUAAUCGAUCGUCUCAAGAGAUACUAUGGUUGUGGAAUAUGGGCAGGCAAACUCUUUUGCCUGUGUGUGAUCAUCGAUUAUCUGUUAUUUUUGCUGCUCGAAGUUGUUGCCCCUAGAGAUAAAAUUGACAUUUCGAGAAGUUGGCCGAAGAAGAUACCACAAGACCCUUCCAGGAGGGAUCAUGAAAGUAGGAGAGAAUUCGGAUAAUAUCAUGUGAUUGAUUGCGGACAAGCGAGGUACAUUUCUUACAGAUGACGAAAAGGACAUGGCCUUCGAUGAUUCUCAGUCCAAGACGAUUUAGUGAGUAAGAAAAGAGUUGAAUAGUGACGCUUCCAUCCAUGCGCCAUGGUGGAUGUGUCAUGGGAAGGCUAGGAAUCUACUAUUCUACCGUUUCCUACAAUGAGACAAGGUUUUGGGGUAGCUCUCGUCACUUUGUCCAUGAAAUACGGGCCA